AUGUUUCUAAUCAAACAAUCCGCCUCGAUCAAAUUCAAGGAGAUGGGGUGGUUCGAAGCGUUUCGAAAUCAACAGGGAUACACCUGGUAUAAUGACAGACGGACUGCUGCCCUGUUCGAUAUCCCACUCGCUGCUGUUACUUACUUCUGCACCUUGGUUGCUAUAGCCGUUGUCAUAGCAACACUCGGUAUCCGCGGGAAAGAGAAAUGGGGCGCUGUGGUCAGAACGUUUUAUGGAGUAGCUGUAGGUUCUGUUAUAUUAGUAAGCCUGUACGGACAUUGUUGGUUAAUGGGAAAAGUUCACAUAACCAGUUCUUAUAUAUACAGAUCACGUGAUCAAUUUUCAGGCGAUGUUGGUAUUGAAAUUGGUCUACAUAGUGCCAAUGUAACGUUAAGAGGAUAUUUUGGUGAGGUUGGUAGACGAGGGGAGGUAAUCUACUCAGAAGCUUUACCAUGGGCAGAUUAUGGCAAAGAAGAAGGUCAAAUGGAGUCCUAUCUCUCUCGAGGUCUACCUGAUCCUAUUUUGAGGGUUGCAGCUUACCUCUGUACUGAUUCUGGAGGACUGAGAUGGGCUCGUGGUUUUCAUAUGGCAGGCAAUCUGUCCUGUAUUCUUCUUUGGACUGCCUUUGCAUUCUGGAUUUUAACCAACAUCUUGCUGUUCAGUGUAAUUGUUUAUGGUGCCUACUCUAUGGUCCUCACUGGAAUAACCAUGCUAUUGGCUAGUAUUGUAUAUCACGUGUGUCAGCCUAGCCAAUCAUUAGCGGUACAUUUUGAUGACGUGGUAUUAAGAACGAGUUAUGGAUGGUGUUUUUGGCUGACACUUGUUACAGGUGGCCUAACGAUAGUUAUUGGUACAGUGUUGUUGCUAGUUGACCAUUUUAUGCCGAAGAAAACAGCCGAGUUUUUUCGAGUAGAAAUAAGUAUUGGAGACGAGGAAAGAUAUGAUAGUUUAAUGUCUUUAAAUGAUCCUGGAAGAAAACAAAGUGUAUACACAAUCGGUGAUAAUAGAAGAGCCAGCAUAUUUUCAACUAAUCAGAAUAGACGCACAUCCAUCUUCACAGACACACCCGUGCGUCGUAUCUCACCGUCCAGUUGGGGGUCGUCCAUUAAUCCGAACCAAGCCAUCUCUAAUCGCUCGACGUCCAGUCCCGCCAUCUUCAAAUUCGAAUCUGACAAAAUCGUAGAAGAGGACGAGGAAAAUAGAGAGGAGAAGAAAGACAAUAACACAAAAGAGCACGUGCAUGUUACUAUUGACCCAGAAACAUCGUCUAAUAGUGAUAAAGCUUCGGUUGGUGAAAAUCACGUGGUUCAUAUUGAAGACAAGCGAUUGGAUGAUAGUAAAAUAACAACGUCACAAUAUGGCGUCACAACUAUUAAUAUUGGUUCUGACAGAACUUUGAGUCAUUCGUCAGAUUCCGGAAACGAAGGCUCGGAAAAUAAUUCAUCUUUUCACCAAUUGGACGUCCAUAGUUUAAAUUCAACCACGUGA